AUGGUGUGCCUGCAGGACUAUGUGCUCUCAGUCUGCCUCACUCCGGGAGGCGAAUGGGUCAUGUCUGGGUCGAAAGACCGUGGAGUGCAAUUCUGGGAUCCGAACACGGGCAACGCGCAGAUGAUGCUUCAAGGUCACAAGAACUCGGUGAUCUCUGUUGCGCCAUGUCCGACAGGACAUCUCUUCGCCACGGGAUCAGGAGAUAUGAAAGCUCGGAUCUGGCAGUAUACCACGUGGCGAGGAGCCCAUCAAGGGCUGUGA